AGCAUAAAUUCCAGAGCGACAGUUAGACAUGUACCCUUAUUUUUUGUUCGGCUGAUGAAGUGAUGACCGUCACUUUUCUUUCCUUUCUGGAACAGUAAACAGAUUCAUGUGGCUGAUGAUUCUUCCCCUUGGGACCGUCCUUUUACUCUCUCCGUCCAUCACUGCAUGUGCUGUGGAAGAAGACUGAGAGUGGAGCACAGGUUUUAUUCUAAAGCCGCCUCCACGUUUUUCUCUGCCUCAAUUUUGGGGUGUUUUCUGAUCGCUUCUGUUCUGGUGCCAUAUUCCAUUGAAUAAGUUUUUCUCUGAGCUUUAAUUCUUAUAAAGUUCCCCUCUCUGCUUGGUGCACCAAUUGUUUUUUUUUUCCUUUCGGGGUCGUUUCUUUAUUUGAUGUGUGUGGAUUCUUAUUGCCGAUCUGAGGCAUGCUUCUCAAGUGGAACAUGCGAGGAAAGAACUACAUAAUGCUGGAAGCUGGAUCUUUUGUUUGUAUCCUGAACUCGGUUGAUGCUCUUGCUCUUAUGGUGAAUUUUGCAUUUAUUUGAGGAUCUUCAGGUACUGGAGGAUUCCGAGGGGUUCUCUUUUUUUCUCAGAGGGUUUUGGUGUUGACUUUGUCCGGUAUCUUUGGAAGUGAGUCUUUCAAUAUUGAUUCAUAAGGGAGUUUAUAAAUUUGUAGUGAAAGGGUUUAUGUGAACCUGAAUUUGGAAUUGAUAUUUGAAUUUUCAUGUUUGGCGGAUUCUGUACUGUUUCUGAAAAAAAAAGAUUGGACUUUUGGAGAUUUGAGUGUGUGAUUUUGGAACGUAAUUAUGGAAGUGUUCUGGAAAUUUGUUUGAGUGAAGAUUUGUACAGCGGUAAUGGCGUUGGCUUCUCCCUCUCCCAAUUCUUCGCCUUCUGCAGUGCCACCAACUUCUCCGAAUAUUACAACACCUCCACCUUCUUCGCCUUCCACAAAUUCUUCUAAGACCCGUCCUGCUUCAUCUCCUAAGCCUUCAGCUACACCUCCUCCCCAGGCAGUGCCUUCAACCCCUCCUCCUUCUCCAUCUCUUUCUCCUCCACCGGAUUCCCCACCUGCAUCUCCUCCACCCUCAGCUCCCACAGCCCCUGCUCCAAAUGCAACCUCACCAACCCCUCCUACUUUAUCUCCACCACCCCCAUUGGCUGCUUCACCACCAGAUCCUUCACCUCCUCCUGCAGAAAAUCCUCCCCCCUCGGCUAUUUCUCCAAUUCUUCCUCCUCCAGCCAAUCACUCAACACCACCAUCCCCUGUUAAUCCUUCUCCAUCACGGGUAAAGCCUCCAGAGAGUACUCCUUCGCAUCCCUCACCUGCACCACAUCCAUCAGCUUCUAAAUCUCCUCCCCCCACAAAUUCUACCCCUCCUUCCAAAAAGCCUUCAGUCCCUCCUCCAAAUUCUUUGCAUGCUCCUCCAACCAAUGCAUCUGCAGCUAACAAGCCCCAUGCAACUAGACCCUCUCUUUCAACACAGUCGCCAAAUAACACAUCUUCACAGUCAGGAGGGUCAAAUACUGGACUAGUCUCAGUUAUUGGCAUUAUAUUUGGCUUUGCUGUCCUCAGCCUUCUUGUUAUGGCCAUGUGGUUUGUAUGGAAGCGGAAGAGGAAGGAAGCAAGAUUGAAAGUUGGCUAUAAUAUGCCUUCUCCUUAUGCCUCAUCUCAUAACUCAGGUACAACAUUCUUAAGGCAACAGUCUUCCCUUUCUUAUAAUGACUCUGGUAGUGAUUUCGUCCAUUCACCAUCAGAUCCAGGUGGACUAAGUGGUUCAAGAUCAUGGUUCACAUAUGAAGAACUUGUCCAGGCAACGAAGGGUUUUUCAGAAGAAAAUCUGUUGGGUGAAGGUGGAUUUGGUUGUGUCUACAAAGGCUUUCUCACAGAUGGAAGAGAGGUAGCUGUGAAACAGCUCAAAGAUGGAGGUGGGCAAGGGGAGCGUGAGUUUAGAGCAGAGGUUGAAACUAUUAGCCGAGUACAUCAUCGCCACCUUGUUUCCUUGGUGGGCUACUGUAUAUCUGAGCACCAGAGAUUGCUUGUCUAUGACUAUGUUCCUAACAAUAAUCUUCAUUACCAUCUCCAUGGUCAGAACAGUCCAGUUAUGGAUUGGGCUAUAAGAGUGAAGGUUGCAACUGGUGCGGCACGUGGAAUAGCUUACCUACAUGAAGACUGCCAUCCACGCAUUAUUCACCGAGACAUCAAGUCAUCAAAUAUCCUUCUUGAUAACAACUUUGAAGCUCAAGUUUCUGACUUUGGGCUUGCAAAAUUAGCAAUGGAUUCAUAUACUCAUGUAACCACACGGGUGAUGGGGACCUUUGGGUACAUGGCACCAGAAUAUGCAACAAGUGGUAAACUGACUGAAAAGUCAGAUGUUUAUUCAUUUGGGGUCGUGCUUUUAGAGCUAGUUACAGGUCGUAAGCCUGUAGACACAUCUCAGCCCACUGGUGAUGAGAGCCUGGUUGAAUGGGCUCGACCUCUAUUGAAUCAAGUGCUUGACACUGAAGACUAUGAUAUACUGGUAGAUCCGCGACUCGAGAGGAACUAUAAUAGAAAUGAAAUGUUUCGGAUGAUAGAGGCUGCAGCCGCCUGCGUGCGUUACUCUGCUUCAAAAAGACCGCGAAUGAGUCAGGUCGCAAGGGCUUUGGAUUCAAUAGAUGAGUCUUCAGAUCUCUCUAAUGGAAUGAAACCUGGCCAGAGUACAAUCUUUAAUCCUUCACCACCGUCUGCACAAGUCAGAAUGUUUCAAAGGAUGGUUUUCGGUGGGGCCAGUCAAGAUUUCAGUUCCAGUUUCUUCAAUGAUUCUCAGAAUAGCUGGAGAAGCAGGGACCAGGAGGGCUUACAACACCAUGAUCUCCCAAAAUAGAAAGAUAUAAAUUCUUUUCAAAGUAUAUAACCAUCUAAUCAUUUAUAUAUAGGCUUUUUUAUUGUCAAGGAAAUUAAGAUAACCUACUUGCAAAAUACCACUUAAGGCUUGCAACGGUUGGAGAAAUUUUGAUGCACCCAGGAGGCAUGCCUCUUAACUUUUUCUGGAGAAGCUGCAGCGUUUGUUCUUGACUGUGGUGGAGCCCUCACUUCAAUUUGUGCAAGGCCUUGUCCUGCGGCGUUUUUACUGUAAAUAUCACAGAAUCUCUCGUCUUAUCCUUUCCCCCCCUUUUCAUACAUGAUUUUCCUCACUGUAAAGCUCUUAUUCUGUAUAACUUGAAACGAUUUUUCCCCACAUAACCUAGAUUUAUCUAUCAAUGUGAAAAUGUAGUGCCUUUUAUUCUUGCUUUAUGAUGUGAAAAUGAGGCACAACGUUGAUAUUUUAUGUAGUAGUAUGCUGAGUUUUAACAA